GCCGAGCUUUCAACUGUGAUGGGGAAACUGAAUCACACAAUAGAGCAGUUGGAUCUGUUGACCACAGACCACAGAGGUUAGAGCCAGUGUGGUUGUUCCUCAUCUGUUUAAAUCUGAUAUUGGCAAAUCCUGAUGAUAAUGAUGGUGAUUUCAGUGGCAGUGGUGAAACUAGAUUUUGUUUCGGAGAAAGCAGAAGAAGCUCAAAGUCUGGCUAAAGGUAAUGAUGAAGAAUUUCAUUUGAAUCCUGGAGCUGUGAUUGUUUUCUCCAUGACUCCGAUCUGCUUUCAUUUCUGCUUUUAGAGCUGCAGGUUCGUCUGUCAACUGCUGAGUCUGCAGUGAGCAAAGUUAGGGAGAACAGUGAAGGUAAAACAUAAAACACACACUAAAGCAUGUGUGUGCUGAAUCCUCUGGCCCUCCGACCCCCCCGACCACUGCGACAUUCCUUAAAAUGUAUAAUUUGACCUCACAUCUGAACUCCUGUGUUUUUUACACCUGAGCGGUUGUUUAUGCAGAGUUAGACGUCAGAGUAAAUGUUGCUGAGAAACAUCUGGAGGAUCUGACCACAAAACAAGCAGGUAAAUAAAAUGUAUGGUGUGAAAGUGUCAGGGCUCGAACAUGGCACCCAGAGGAACACCAAGCAGAAACAUGUCUCAAUUAUUUUUCUCAUCUGAUUUGUUCAUUUUAAUUCCAGUUGGCCAGACUUUGCUGUCAGCUAUGACCCUCAGACUGAAUGACACUGUGAAGCAGAUCGGUCAUCUGUUCACACAGAGUGAAGAAACAGUGGAGAAGUUGGAUUCUCUCUCAGAAAGAACAGCAACAGCCCACACACAGUCUGAAGAGUUACAGGUCCGUCUGCGGGCUACUGAGGCCACAGUAAACAGCCUUACUGAGAAAAGUGAAGAGUUGUGGUGGAGGCAGAACGCCACUGAGCAGCAGGUGAAAAUCAACACUGAAGAUGCAUUCGUCAAAAUGAGUCACAGCCACGCGCAGCUUCAGGAGCAGCUCCUAACACAAAACUCAGGUGAAACGUCAUCAUCUUCAUCUUUUCAAAUUGAACUCUUAGAUCAAAUAUUGAUCAAAAUGGGACACUUUCUGUUUACAGUUUUAGGGAAAAGACUGCAAAACUCUGAAAGUCUGAUGAUGUCAAGCCUGCAACUACAUGUCUCAGAUUUAAGCUUCAGACUGAAUGAAAGUGAGCAUCGGCUGCAGCAGCUGCUAAACCACAGCUCGGGUGACCUGAAGGUGGCGUUUUCUGCUGCUCUCACUGAUUCAGGAUCAGUUGGACCCUUUGAUCAAGAGACAACUUUGAUUUUCUCAAAAGUAUUCAGUGCCGUGGGUGGAGCCUACAACCCAACUGAAGGUGUUUUCACAGCUCCUGUCAGAGGCAUUUAUUUCUUCAGCUUCACAGCAGCAGACUUCCUGAAAGGCUACAUGGGUCUCUACCUCUACAAGAACAACCAGCCAAUCAUUUUCAACCUCAACCUCAACGAUCACGGCGGCUACGCUUCUACAUCCAGCAACAUGGCUCUGCAGCUCGAGGAGGGCGAUCGCGUUCACCUCACUUUGCCGGCGAGUUACCGACUCUAUGACGACUCGCGCAACUUCAGCAUUUUCUCUGGUUUCCUGCUGUUUACACUCUGAUCGUCCGACUUUACACAUUUUACA